GUAAUUUUGUCAGCCAUGUCUAAGCUACCACCCCAGUCAGCUGAUCUAUAUGAUGAUGCAGCUGUUUAUAACAUAUCAGACGAGGAUGAGGGUGAUGAAGUUGCUGUUUUUAACCUGUUGGAUGAAGAUGAUGAUAUUUUGGCUAAUGCUGAAGACAGUAUACAGGCAGGACAAAUGGAUACACAUGAAGAUGGUGCCAUUCAACUGGAUGAUAUUGAUUUUGAUGAAGAAAUGGCAGCGGAAGAUGAAGGAAAUAUUUCCAUUGGCAUCGAGCCAUCAACAAGUGAGGUGACAGAUGGAUUUGAUCCAGUCACAGGAAACCUGUGGAUAUACCCAACCAACUACUCCAUUAGGGAUUACCAAUACAACAUAGUUCAGAAGGCUCUGUACAACAACACCCUGGCUGUUCUCCCGACUGGUUUAGGCAAGACCUUCAUUGCAGCUGUGGUUAUGUACAACUUCUACCGCUGGUACCCGCAAGGGAAGAUUGUCUUCAUGGCGCCAACAAAGCCUCUGGUUGCCCAGCAGAUCACUGCCUGCUACAACAUCAUGGGCAUACCAAAACGUGAUACUGUUGAGAUGACAGGAACAAUGGCCCCUGCAAUAAGACAGAAAGCUUGGAAAGAGAAGAGAGUUGUCUUUCUUACCCCACAAGUUAUGACCAAUGACUUGAGUCGGGGCUCUUGUGUAGCUGAAAGCAUAAAAUGUCUGGUCAUUGAUGAGGCACACAAGGCUCUGGGAAAUCAUGCUUAUUGCCAGGUUGUGAAAGAACUUGUAAAGUUUACAAGACAGUUUAGGGUACUGGCACUAAGUGCCACACCAGGAAGUGAUCUCAAGGCAGUCCAGCAAGUCAUCAACAAUCUGUUGAUUAGUCACAUUGAGCUCAGGUCUGAGGAGUCUCUCGACAUACGACCCUACACACAUGAGAGGAAGGUGGAGAAGGUGGUUGUAUCUUUGGGAGAGGAGUUGGCUGGCAUUCGACUACAGUACAUUCAGAUAAUGAACCAUGUGAUUCAGAGACUGAUAAGGAAUAGAGUGGUCUACAACAGAGAGGCAACCAAACUCUCCAAGUUUCUUCUACUCAAAAGUAGAGAGGAGUUUAGGCAGAACCCACCAGCAAAUCUACCUCCUGCCCAACAUGGAACAAUAGAGGCAGACUUUGGACUGGCCAUUAGUUUAUACCAUGGCUAUGAACUGCUUCAUCAACAUGGUCUGCGAUCUUUGUACAACUAUCUGACUAGUAUCAUCACUGGGGUCAAAGGUCACGGCAAGACAAAAACUGAACUGCUGAGAAACGCAGAUUUUAACAAAAUUAUGGACGCCCUGAGAAGUAAAUUUUCUGACCAAAAAGGGAAAACUGGAGCCACUGACGUUAAAAUUGCAGUUGGACACCCAAAAAUGCAGAGACUUGAGGAAAUAGUUGUUGAACAUUUCAAGACAUUUGAAAAAAAAAAUGAGGAAACAAGAGUGAUGAUAUUUAGUCAGUACCGUGACAGCGUCCAGGAAAUAGCAGCCAUCCUUAAUCAACACCAGCCAUUGGUUAAAGUCAUGCCAUUCAUUGGCCAAUCUUCUGCUGGGAAAGUUACAAAAGGUUACACCCAAAAGGAGCAACUGUUGGUAAUGCAGCAGUUUCGCAGUGGCGGGUACAAUACACUGGUAUCAACAUGUGUUGGGGAAGAAGGUCUUGAUAUUGGGGAUGUUGAUCUUAUCGUAUGUUUUGAUGCCCACAAAAGCCCAAUCAGAUUGGUCCAACGUAUGGGCAGAACUGGUCGUAAAAGACAAGGCAGGAUUGUCAUGCUUGUGACUGAAGGGAAAGAAGAACAGAUUUACAACCAGAGCCAGUACUCCAAGAAAAGUAUUCACAAAGCCAUUUUGAAUGGGGCCAAAACACUUCACUUUUACCCCAGCAACCCGCGGAUGCUGCCUGCGUCACUUCACCCCAAAUGCCAUCAAAUGCACAUCACUGUAGCGUCCUCACAAAGUAAAGAAACAAAGAAAACUGCAACAAAACCCAGUGUGGCUAACAGAAGUAAACGAAUCUCUGACAUGUUUGGAAGCCGUGGAAUGAAGAAAGAUGCUUCUGAAGACUACCUUUUAGCUGAAGAGUUUGAAAGUAUCAAAGAAGAAUUUUCCUUAAUGGCAUCAACUGCUAGGCACAUACCAAGACCUAAGUGUAUUACAUUAACUAAAUCCAAGCCUCUUGCAGCUGAGAAAGUGAAUGUGAUAGACUUUGCUGAAUGGAUGCCAUGGCAGAACAGACUCCAGAAAACUUUUCUUGUUGGCCAUUCCAUUCAGAGUGAACAUUUGGUAAAAGAUGUCGAGUUCAUCGACCUGCAGUAUGCUGUUGGAGACCAUGAUGAUAGCUAUGGCUAUGAGCUGUCCAAGUACCUGGACAGUGAGGCAACAGACAUCUCUAAAGCUGGACAGAGCAGCAUUGUGUCCUUCCUGACCACCAGACCUGGGCCUAAGUCUAGUGAGAGAACAGCUGGCAAUAAAGUCAGGUGUAAGAAGAAAGUUAGGAAAAAAGAAAGUUUUGAUGCGGAGGUGGAUGAUGCAGCUCUCACUGAGUCCAUUGUGGUCAGCAGUGGCUCUAGUGGGGAUGAGCAACCUCGUCAGAAGAUGAAAGAUGGAACUGGUUCAAAGGCCAAAACUUUUAGCAAAACUCUGACCAGUAAAAGCCCUGUACUCAGAUCCAAAGUUUCUAAAAUGAGGACCAAUAACACUGCUAAAUUAAAAUCCAAAGGUAAGUUGGUCAAACCAAAAAAAUCUGGCACAUCUGUAUCUGAAGCAUCUGUGUCAGAGAGUGCAGUGGAUAACUGGACAGCUGACCGGAGGAAGAUCAGCAGAAGAUCUAUCCUAGAGAAACUAGAGACAGAGCUGCCUGGGAUAUCAAACAACCUUGACAUUGAAGACUUUGAGGAUACCUCCAGAGACCAAAGCUGUUGUUAUACUUUGUUGAAGAAGGCCUGCCAGACAGUGAGAGAGGAUUCGAACCCCCAUGUCAAUGCUCCUGUGGACACAGGGGCCCCACCUUGUGACGGAGCUGUAUCACCAACCUUCAACACACAUGGGAAAGAUGCCUGUGUUCCUGCUGACACAUCUGCCACAGUGGUACCAUCAGAUGUCCCUCCACCCCCUAACUGCUCACACGUGGCCAAAUUAUUUCAAGGGAUCAAGUCUGGGCUGGAGUUUUCUGACCUUGACAUUGAAGAGCUGGUGGAAAAGUGGCAGAGGUCAGAGAGAGAAGAAUGUCUGGCGUUAAUGAAGUCCAACCAUGACGAGUUCCUGCCCUCUCGCAGUCCCAUCUUGACCAAAAGCAUCUUGAAAAAUUCUUCCAAAAGUUUGAACCAGUCCUACAGACUUGACACAUCUUUUGAGAGCCAUUUGAUGAGCAAACAGUUGAAGUUGAAUGACCAUACAAACAUUGUACAAACUGUGUGCUGUAGAGAGACUAACUCAGGUGCUCACUGCAGGGGAAAGGCAACUAAUUCAGACCAGGAGAAAAAAGUUGUGCUGCCUCAGCUCUGCAACACUCCCAACUCAAGGCUUAAGGCAACAUCAGGUAAAGGCUUGAGACAGUGCUCAGCUCCUGCUGGCAAACUGGUCAGUAAAAGGUUGAAGUUUGCUGAAGAUGUCCAAUCGGAGACUAAAGAAGUGACCUUCAACUUGAGACUUCCAAAGGAGGACGAACACAUAGCUGAUUUUGUGGAGCCUACCACCCCAGCCAUAACCCACGAUGUUGAGCAGAAGGUUCAGGCAGACUUUAAUUUGUUUGACUUCAGCAUGGAGGAUGAUGAUAUUGACUGGGGUAGACUAGACGCUGUUUGUGUAGGGAGCAACAGGACACAGGCUGGUAGGGGCAUAGCUCAGACAUCACCUGCUUCAUGUCAGGCAAAAAUUGCUGCUCACACAGUUCACACACCUUCCAGUACUCAGGCAAAAACCUCCCACACACCUUCCAGUACUCAUAAGGCAAAAAUUGCUACCCACACCCCCUCAAGCACCAGCAAGGCAAAAAGCGCCAACAGCUCCCAUUCUGAGAGUUUCCUGACCUUCACCCAGGUGAUGGACUGUCUGGAGACCAGUUCUGCUUGCAGUAGCCAAAGUACACCUGGCCCAGUGACCACCAACAUCGCUGGUCUGGUCAGCCCAGCUCCAUCACAAGAUAUGCCAUCAUAUUUUGGUUUGCCUAACAGACCAAAAUAUUUUCAUUCCGAUUCAAAUUCUUCCACUCAGUGGGAAACUGUUAGCCAUGAGCAGAAAUACAUCAACAAAAUCAGUGUGGCAGAGAACAGGAAACUUUGUCAGGACUAUGAUGAGCCUUGUCUGUUUUCUACAGAAACAACCCCCACUAAACAGGAGACAACCCCCACUAAACAGGAAACAACCCCCACUAAACAGGAAACAACCCCAAUAAACCAGAAAGCCUCCCCUCCCACCCCUGGCAGUGACAACCUGGAGAUGCCCCAGUUUGAUUUAGGAUUUGACCUAGAUGAUGACAUCAUCCCACCCACACCUGACAAGAAUCUCUCCCAGACCUCAACUUUCUCUCUCAAAUAUCAGACUUCUGCUUGUGUGCUCUCAGCUGAUGUAAAAGACGAGGCAUUAAAACUGCCAGCACACAGUUACCAGAACAAACAAAACAGCCAAAGCUCAGCCUUUGAGCUGUGUGUGCAGGACGAUGAUACCAGUUACACCAGAGAAAGAAAGGAACUCCCUGAAAAAGUUUCCCCAAGUUUCAGCAGUGUGUGUAACUUUUCUCUGGGUGGUGACAGCUGCCAGUCUUCUCCAGACUCUCCUGUGUUGAACUCUUUCAUUGGUGCUGGUGCUAAACCUUUCUCUGGACACACUCGGCCUGUUGCCACAGUCCAGCCUGCGGUGGGGUGGACAGGGUCAAACUCUCCCCCACCCCGGCUUGUCAACAGUGGACAGUUGCAGGACAUGACAGUUGACUCAGCUGUGCUAGAUGCUGUCAGUGCUUGUCACUCUGAUAACCAGACAGCGCCCAUUAAACUGAAGCUGCCCUUCAACACUUACAGUACAAGUGUGUCAUCUCCUGAACAGCAAGAUGUCAACAAGUCACUAGACAUCAAGAAGACUGACAAAUGGACAGGCUACGACAAACAACAGUCACACCCUACAGGAGCGGAUGAGAGUGUGGUUAGUGCACAUAGGUCUAGUGUCAGCAAACCAAGGAAGUUGCAGCUAGGUAGGAAGAGAGACAGCACCAGCAAUAAAAGUGCCUCAUCUUCCAGUGACGGCCACUCACUUAGCCACCAAACUACCAAUGUAACCAGUGAUGGCCACUCACUUAGCCACCAAACUACCAAUGCAACCGGUGACGGCCACUCACUUAGCCACCAAACUGCUAAUGUAACCAGUGACGGCCACUCACUUAGCCACCAAACUGCUAAUGUAACCAGUGACCAUCUUUCUGUGUUGUCAAACUCUGAGGAUGAACUGGAGAAACAUUCUGAAAUGUUUUUCUCAAAGUCCAAGUUUAAACAACACAAGGCCAGCCCAGGUGUGUCUGUGCUCAGUCUGGCACCAGGUGAGGUGCAACACAAGGCCAGCCCAGGUGUAUCUGUGCUCAGUCUGGCACCAGGUGAGAGCAGACUGCUGAAGGCCAGUACACCUAAACGCCCCUUAGGUAGCCUGAGAAUCAGCUCAGGUAGUGAGCUAGAGCUGACCCCCAUUGAAAAGCCACAGACCAGAGACAAACAAGAUGACGAAGAAAGUUUUAUUAGACGAAGAAAAAAGAAGACAACAGUUAUAAAUUUCUCAACAGAUGAAGAUGAUGAAACAAGGGAAGUAACACACAAUACAUGGAUCAAAGCAUCAAAAAAGAAAGUGGAACCAUUACUUGAAGAUAUUGCAGCUUAUGAUCUCAGUGACUUUGAAGAAAAACCAAGUUAUAAUCUGCCAUCAAGAAAAAAAAUUAAAAUUGAAAGAAAAAAAUUGAAGGAAAAAGGUUUUAUAGAAGAGGAGGCGGAGGUGUCUGGGGACUCAGGCUCUUCUGAUGAAAGGGAAGAAGGCGAUGAUUUUUAUGAAGCCAGUUUUAUUGAUAACAACACAGAGCUAAUGCACAGUCAGAGCACAGAUAUGAGAGCUAUGUACUUAAAGUCAGUCAAGAGUCCAGUAUUGAAUGGAAUAGCUGGACGCUUCAAGCUUCAAUACAACAAGAAAGUUGAUGUGGAUAUUUACAGUCAGGCUGUACCUGAGGAUCAGGGCAUGUCAGAGUAUGAGGAGGACAGUUUUUGUGUUGGCAGUGAUGAUGUGGAUAGCUAUCUCUCCUCUGAUGAAUCUCACCCCAAGAAAUCCAAAAAAGUCAAGUCAAAGAAAGCAAGGAAGCUGCCAGGCAAACGACGUAUCCAUGUUGUGGUCAACUCCUCUAGCGAGGACGAGUCUGAGAGCUGUGUUGCUCUCACACAAGAGUUCAGUGUGGUGGGCCAUAAGAGAGCCAGUGUGGUGGGACAGAAGAGAGCCAGCGUGGUGGGCCAGAAGAGAGCCAGGCGGGCCCUACUUAGCAGCAGUGAUGAGGACAACAAAAGCACUGCUGGGGAUGUCACCACAAACAACAGUUUUAAUUUUUCUGUUCCUUCUGCCAAAGUGGUACACUCUCAUGCCAGUUUGGCAAUACAAAGUGAAAAUAAUAGUGCACUGCAAGCAGAAGUAUGCCAGGGGCUUGAAAAAUCUUCAUUCCAAGUUGACACAGGUAACUGUGGUAAUGAAGAUAAUCAGCUGAUAAAUGGGAAUUGGAGUCUGUUUGAAGAGGAAGAUUGGUUUGCUGAUUUGGAUGACAACCAGUUGAAAACAGAUGUUUCUGACAACCCUCCAGCCUCAUCCAGUCAGAUAAAGAAAGACAGCGGUGAUGGUGGCAACAUUGGGCAUGACAAAAGUAGAGGAGAUCAGAGUGGAGACGGCAUUGUCUCCCCUGGUUUGUUGGACAGAAGAAGUUUUAAUGUGAAUCCUGUUGGUAACAAAGAUGGAUCAGCAACCACCACAUCAUCUAACUCAGCUACCACAUCAGCAACCACCACAUCAUCUAACUCAGCUACCACAUCAGCAACCACCACAUCAACAUCUACCUCAUCCACCACUACAGCAUCCACCUCUGCGACCACAUCAACACCUUGUGGUGACAGGUCAGAUUCUUGCGCACCAGAUUUGUCAAGCAGUUCCUGCGAGAAAACAAAACCUCCAUGUGUGCUCACCAGAGAGGAGAGACUGAAAAAACAGAAAGAAAAACAAGAAAAAUUUAGGCAGAAGUUGAAGCAGGUGCAGCAGAGUUGUGGUAACCUCAGCUCAACAGACCAGACAGCACAUCAGACAGCACAUAACACAACAGCUGACAACAGUUCCCCUCCAAACGUUGGGUCCCUGUCUGAUACCUCUUUCACCAAACUUGUAGCUUCAAAAAGAGUGGAAGAACAACUCCAGAUCUUAGUGGACUCAAGGGAGAUAAGUGGAGCACAGGACAUCAUAUCCAACCUGCGCCAGAAACACAACAUCAAGGUCACGGCCAGACAGCUGUCUUCAUGCGACUACAUGCUCAGUAAUUAUAUGGCUGCUGACAGGAUGCACUGGUCAGUGUUCAGCAACAGCAGCAACCGCAGCAAGAUGACCUCCCGCCUCAGUGAGAUGCAGUCCUUGUAUGACACCUGUGUUUUAGUUGUGGAGACGGACAAGGUCAAAUCUGGCCAGGAGAAAGUGAAAAAAUCCAGAAAUCACACCAAAUAUUUAGAUGUUACAAUGGCGAGUCUAAUUAAGACUGGAAUCAAAAUGUAUUUUACUGAUAAUGUUGGCAAGUCUUAG